AUGUCAGACACUGGAUCUAGCAUACUUUUAUUUAUUCUCUUCAAACAUAUGCCAAUGGAAGUAAAAACACAAACAACACCAACAGUAGUAGCUGGUGAUUAUCAUGCACUUUGGAAAAGAGCAACACAAGAUAAAAACAAACCAUCAUUGUCUGAAUUGAUCAAUUUCGAUUGGACCAAGGAUGAACUUUCAGUCAAUAGAUUUAUAGAUUUUAUCAUCAAUUUGGUUACAUACAACUCUGCCUAUGCAGAUGAAUGUUUUAAAAUGUUGGUUGGAGCAUUUGAACCAUACAAACAAGCCAUUGCCAACGGUAUCAAUGUCGUCGACUAUAAGAAAUGGGAAAUGAUUGCCAUGAAGGUUCAUUUCCUUUUCAACAAGAUUAUUUCCACCUUUCCUCUAACCACUCCAUUAUUGGCAUCCACUCUUGCCCAUCGUUUCCCACAUCGUGUUCAUUCAGUUGAAAUUCAUCAUUUUUAUUUUAAAAAUGCUCUCUUUGUCACCAGAUAUUGUCCAACUAUUGCCCUAAGUAUUUUAACUUCUUCAAUUGAUACCCUUGUAAAUAUAGAUUCAUCAAUAUCAUUAGAUGAAAUACCAGAUGAUGAAGAUUUACAAUUCAAUAUUGAGGAAAAUAAAUCAGAGGGAGCACAGAUGGCACACAAAUUGGAUAUUCUCAUGGCAUUGAUGUUUGAGUAUUUGAAUGCAUGUUUUGGCGUAAAGACAGCCAAAGAGAAUAUGUUUGCCAUUGAACUGAACCAAAAGGAGGGUGACAUCAAGAAUUUGCAAGAUGAAAUGUUCCACAAUCUCAUCAAGGCAUUUGACAAUAGUGUCCUUCCCACUUACAAGUCCAAAUAUGUCCAAUACCUCAUCUUUUACACUUGUAAACUUUACCAACAAAAGAAUAUAUUCCCAGCCUUUAAUUAUAAUACUCCACUUUUAAAUCAAACUCAAAAUAAUAUCAAUAUUGUCAUGCAAUAUUCUCAACAACAGCAGCAACAACAACAGACACCAACAUCACCACAAUAUUUAUCACCAUUUAAACAACCAACAUCACCAAAAGCAGUUGGUGCCAAUCCAUUCUCAACAUCACCCAAACUACGUUUUUCGUCGUCUCCAAAGAGCAAGUCACGUUUUUGCAUAUUGAUCCAUUGCCUCUUGGCGUCAAUCCAAGAGUACAAUAUGGAGAGUCAUUCCUCAGAUACCUCUUUGGCAAGCUCAUGCACCAACAUUCUUCGUUCCAACUCCAAGAUUGUCCUUCCCAAGAGUAUCGUCGACAGCAACUCCAACACCAUCUCCAACACCUUUGAUUCGUUCUUCCCAUUCGAUCCCUAUCUCCUUCGCAACUCUUGUUCCAACAUUGACGACCUCUACGUCCAGUGGAGCGAUGUCACCAAAGAGGACGACGACAAUGACUUGGAUGACAUGGAGUCUGACCAAGAUGAAUCCGAAGAGGAAUCAGACCAAGACGACGGUAGAAAGAAGAGUUCCUCUGAAUCUGAAUCAGACUAUUCCGAUUUCGACAAGGAUGACUCUGACAGCGACGAUAGUGACGAUGACUUUGACGACAGUGAAAGUAUCGAUCAACUAACUGAAGAUAUGAUGUCAUUCACCCCAACUGGUCUAUCUGAUCAUGCCAAAGAACAUUUUAGAAAACGUGGAUUAUUAAAAUAA